GUAUUUAUGCUUUGCUUCUCAUGGUUUUUCGCAUAAAUAAUAAUAAAGUAUAAAACCAACUAAAAAGUGUUGAAAACCCCGCCAAUUAAAGCCAGCUAAUUUUGCCAUAAACGUAAAAAAUUUGGCUUAACAGCUAACUCAAAGCUAUAAAUUGGACAUCAAAAUUGGAUUAUAAAAAAAAAAAAACAACAAAAGUGAACACAAAAAGUUAAUAACAAUUAUUUUGUAUGCCGGUUUCUUCUUGACAAGUUUGAUCCCAAACCCCGACAUCAGCAACAGCGACCAGCAUGAAAGGCUGGUUCGACGCGUUUCGAGACGAUGGGGGACCAACGCUGUAUUCCUUCUCAAAUCGAACACCCGUCACCGGAGAUGUGUCCAUAGUGGCCGUCUCUGUACUAUUUGCCACAUUCUAUGUUGCAUUUUUAGUCAUAUUUCCGGGUGUAAGAAAACAAAAAUUCACAACGUUUUCGACAGUCACACUGAGCCUUUUUGUGGGUCUAGUCAUACUAAUCACCCGCUUGGGAUCCGCGUGGCAUGUGGCACAUGCAACCAUCAUCGCGCCGUACAAAGCCUUCUCACGCGAGAAGCUCCCAGCGCGCAUCGGCACCCACAUUGGCCUCAUGCAUGUCAAUGUUACGCUGACGGCGAUUCCCAUUGGGAACUGGACCCCACCCGACAUUGACUACAACGAGCGCUUCACCUGGGAAGGUGCCAACGACAUGAGCGCCAACUAUCGCCACGCCCUCCAGCGCGGACUGCCCUUUCCCAUUCUGACCGUGGCCGAGUACUUCAGUCUGGGCCGCGAAGGCUUUUCGUGGGGCGGACAGUACCGGGCGGCAGGAUACUUUGCGAGCAUUAUGCUCUGGGCAUCGCUGGCCUCGUGGCUGCUGAUGAACCUGCUGCUGAUAGCCGUUCCCCGGUACGGGGCCUAUAUGAAGGCCCUGACCGGUGCACUGCUGGUCUGCACCACGGUGGGCUAUCAUUGCCUGCUGCCCAAGCGACCGUUGUGCAUUUACCUCGAGGGCGGCCGACUGGAGUUCCACUUUGGCUGGUGCUACUGGCUGGUUUUGGUGGCAGGUAUUCUCUGCUUCAUUGCGGGAGUUCUGAUCUCCAUAAUCGACUUGGUUUGGCCACAUACCUUCUCCACGGUUCUGGAGGUCUACUACGGCACUCCCUAUGAUCGCCAUGUGAUCCUGGAGGAGUCCAGCGAUGUGCGGUAUCGCAAGCCGCGCAACAGUCGUGGCUUGGAGGACCCGCCAGGACUGGGUUCUCGAAUCCUCCGCCGCCUCAGCUCAAAGGCUCGUGACAUGCAACCGGGCACUGCAGCGCGUCGCGAUAGUCCUGCCGGAGUGUCCACCAGUGGAGGAGUGGAGAACAAAGGAUUCCAGUCGGAUGCACCGAAGAGUCCCUGGAGAUAUCCCUUCCGAAGGUCACAACAACUGGCGCAGCAGCACACGCAUCCGCUGCACCAGCAUCCGUUGCAGCAGCACCACCAGCACCAGCACCACCACCAGCAGCAGCUGCAGUUCGUGGGUGGCCCGGUGGUGCAGCAUCCCAUGCAUCAUAUGCAGCGCACCAUGUCGCAGGACUCGGGAUCCAGCAUCGCCUCGGCUGCCGUGCAAAUCUCCCCGCUGCACAAGCAUGCUUUGGCACGAAUGUUGCCAAAUCCCCCGGUGGAGCGUAUUCGUGACAUGGAUCACUGGUGAUUGCCAUUGGACAAACCAUAAAAAUCAACCAUUUUUAUUGGGCUUAAUUACAUCUUGACUAAUUGGAAAUAAUUUAAAAACACAACUUAAUAGCAAAAACCAUUUGUGAUAAUUUCUUAAUUUAAACAAAACAAAUUCAAGACGACGUAGGAUGAACAAAUUUAAUAAUUGACAUAACAAAUAAUUUUAACCUAAUACCAAUAAUGAAAACGAUGUUAAAUUUAACUAUAACUUUAAUUAAAUUAUUUUAAAUGUUAAGCUAACAGUAUAAUCACGAACUAUGAAUCAAAUUUAAGCUUACAUGUGUUUUAGUGAUGUUAAAUUGUGAUAAGACAAUCCUGCCACACAUGCACACAUAAAACAGACACAGAUAAAUAAGUACGAAGAACACAGAAGUGUGAGUUAUGACAAAGGAGCCGAUGUUUAUGUUUAAUGAGUAAUUUAUUAUUUGUAAUAUGAAUUCAAUGCCAGUGUCUUUAACUAAUAAGUCGACAAACAAAAUGUGUAAAAUUUGAUUAAGUUUAAUUUUUAAGCUUGACAAUGUUUAAAAGCGAUAAGAUUGGAAAAAAUACGACGACCUUAAA